AUGUUGCGACCCGCGACCCCCUUGACGGUGCUGCUCUUGAUAGCUUUCGCUUUACUCUUGAUAUCCGUUCUUUCUACCCCUAUCAUUCAGGCAAUCCCUCUCGGCUCGUUCCAAGGUGCCAACUUUGGUGUCUUUGGCUACUGCAAUUCCGGUGGCUGCAGCAAGAUCGAGAUUGGCUAUGAUACUUCGGACGUCUUGCAAAAGCAAGAUGCCUCGGACUUCGACCUCCCCAACUCUACCAGGACCACCCUGUCCGCCAUUCUCGUCGUCCACCCCGUUGCCGCACUCAUUACCUUGAUCAUGCUCGUCCUCGCCUUCAUCUCUCACUUCCACUCGCCUUCUCACUCAUCCAGAUAUCUUCUCAUUCUCUUCAUCGUUGGAAUCAUUGACUUCCUCCUCUGCUUGCUCGCAUUCCUCAUCGAUGUGCUCCUAUUCGUUCCCCAUCUGGCUUGGGGCUCCUACCUCGUGCUGGCGGCAACCAUUCUCGUGGCCCUUGGUGGACUAGUAUCUUGUGCUAUGCGCCGAACUCUAGUCAAUCGCAAGGCUCGCAAGAAGAGAAUUGCUGAGAACGCUGAGAUGAGCGGCGAAAACUACUAUAAUCGGCAAGCUCAAGAAUCGACCGCCCCGGUUCCAAUGCAGCCAACCAUGCCUGUCGUUAGUGGUGCCAAUGGAACGGCCGAUAAGCUUCCUACAUUUGCGUCAUAUGAGAAGAAAGACGACCGCAGUAGUGACGAGCGCAUUCCCCUCACUGCUCGAAGCCCUUCCGACAGGUCUCCGAAUAACAUGCCCACAGACAUGUCUACCGCAGAGACUGCUUACAACAUGUCCAAUGGGCCACGACGUUCGCCGUCCGCAAAUCGCAUGCAGACAGACCAGUACGGGAACCCAAUCAAUGGACCGCCAGAUGCAUAUGCUCAAGAGGCAGCAGAGGAGGUGGAGGCUACCGAGGCCGUGGAGGCUAUGGUGGCCGAGGAGGAUACGGUCCUUACGGUGGACCACCGCCAGGAAGAGGCGGCUAUGGACCUCCGGGCCGAGGGGGUUAUGGCCCACCGCCUGGUGGUAGGGGAGGAUAUGGGCCACCACCGAGAGGUUAUGGUGGUCCGAUGA